AUGAGUAGAAAUACACGACAAGAAAUGCUCUUUGGUGCACUCAGUGCAUUGACCGGUUCACAUGUUGUUGGUCUUGCAAGUCAAUUUCCAGAUGUCCCUAAAAUGGACAUAGAGAAUUAUUCGGUGUUGUCACUUGAUACAGGAGAAGACACACCAACGAAGACAAGUGGUACACCAAAAGUUUUUAAAUGUCCAUCAGAUCCCACAACGCAUAUCAUUGUAAGAAUGUUAACUGGAAAAGAAAUAACAUUGUCAGUUAAUCCAGAGUGGUCUGUCAACAUUUUAAAAGAGUUGAUUGAGUCCAAAACAGGGAUAUCAACAGAUCAAAUGAGGAUUGUUUUUCUUGGGAGAUCUCUUGAAGGUGAAAACAAACUUUCUGAUUACAACCUAACCGAAUGUAGCAAACUCCAUCUUGUUUUGAGACUCAGAGGUGGUGGUAUCAGUCAAUUUGCAAUCGAUAACAAUUUAUUAUCACCUGGUUAUGAUUAUGACUUUCGUAAUAUCAAUGACACCAAAGCCGGUCGAACUUAUAAAAGAGGUGGAAUGGUGUACAAACGUCCAUGUGGAUAUAUGCGAUAUGCACUGAAUGUAAUUGGAAAGUUUGAUAAUGGUAAUGACACCUGGCUUGGUUCAUCAAAUUCCCCAGGUGAAUGGGCAGUCUCUUAUCAUGGCACCGACCCCAAAUUUGCAGAUCCAAUCAGUAAAAAUGGAUUUAAAGUCGGUACAAGAAAUCUCUAUGGUAGGGGUGUCUAUUGCAGUCCAGAUGUACAAGCAGCUGCUAUAUAUUCAACAAAAAAGACUGAUAGUAAUUCUCGAAAGUACAAAAUAGUCUUUCAGAAUCGAGUGAAGACUUCUUCCAUUAAACUGGCAAGUGACAAUGGUGGUCCUUCUAAUUAUUGGUAUAUAGAAGAUCCUCGAGACAUUCGUCCUUAUGGGAUUUUAGUUUUAGAAUGCUCUUAA